AUGGUGUUCCAACCUUCACAGCCUGCUCUGGCUAUGUUUGCCUAUAGUUUAGGGACUAUUGAAAGGUUGCCAGAAACAGGGCGCUUUGGAAGAUGUAGUGCCCCGUUCUCACGGAAUGCUCUCUCUUGCCAUUGCUCUAGCUAUGGAAUUGCUGGGUCUACCAAUGUGACAGGAGAUCAAGUAAAGAAGUUGGACAUCCUUUCCAAUGACCUGGUGAUUAAUAUGCUCAAGUCAUCCUUCAGUACAUGUGUUAUCGUGUCAGAAGAAAACAAAGAUGCUGUGAUAGUGGAAACUGAAAAAAGGGGUAAAUACAUAGUCUGCAUAGACCCUCUAGAUGGCUCAUCGAACAUUGACUGUCUUGUUUCCAUUGGGACCAUCUUUGCCAUCUAUAGAAAGGUGUCCCCUGAUGAACCUUCCGGGAAAGAUGCUUUACAACCCGGGCGUAAUCUUGUGGCAGCUGGUUAUGCUCUGUAUGGGAGUGCCACAAUGCUGGUACUGGCCACUUCUGCUGGAGGUGUCAACUGUUUCAUGCUGGAUCCGGCAAUUGGAGAAUUCAUUUUAGUGGAUAGAGAUGUGAAAAUCAAAAAGAAGGGAAAUAUCUACAGUCUCAAUGAAGGCUAUGCUAAAUACUUCGAUCCUGCAGUCACAGAGUAUCUCAAAAAGAAGAAAUUCCCUGAGGAUGGCAGUUCACCAUAUGGUGGGAGGUACAUAGGAUCUAUGGUGGCUGAUGUGCAUCGCACGCUGGUGUAUGGAGGAAUCUUUCUGUAUCCUGCUAACUCCAAAAGUCCCAAAGGAAAGCUGAGACUGCUCUACGAAUGCAAUCCUAUGGCUUUUGUUAUUGAGAAGGCUGGGGGAAUAGCAACCACCGGGCAUCAAGCAAUACUAGAUAUAGUGCCUGAGGAUAUCCAUCAAAGAGUGCCUGUUGUCUUGGGAUCUCCUGACGAUGUGAAGGAGUACCUUGAGAUAGUCAAGAAGCAUUCAGCUAAGUAAAGAAAGUUUGCUGCAGUCACUGUGCAGAUGGGAAGAAAUCUCUUACAGCUGAACCAAAGAACACACUGCAGUACUGCAAGACUGAACUGUCUGACCUCUGUAGCAAGAGAGCAAACGAGCCAUAUUUUCAUAAGAUUUUUUUAAAGUUAAAUCUUGUGCAAUUGCAUUGUGCAACGAAAGGCAUUAAAAGGUUGCAUUAAAGGAAGCAUUAAAAGUAAAA